AUUUACUAUCUCUGCCAACAAACUUUUGUUAGUGAAUUUAUGAAAGAAUGAUAAAAAUAACAGCUUGAAAGUUUCAUAUUAGAGAAAGACAAAAUCAUAUAUUAGCGUUUCUCGCCAUUGAUGGCAUCUAACUAGAUGAAUCAUUUGCCCUCCAAAACAAAGCUAUUCUGUUCACUUCACAAACCCAUCAGCAGGAAACGAGCAGCAGAGCAAAACUGCUUAUCUCUCCUCCAACUCUGCAAUUCUCUUCCAAAACUCCUUCAACUCCAAUCCCAUAUCUUCAAAUUGGGCCUACAAAAUAACCCACUUGUCCUCACUAAAUUCACCUCUAUUUCCUCUGACCUCAACGCCAUUACCUAUGCUUCAUCAUUUAUUUUUUCCACAUAUGUCGAACCCCAUUUCUUUGAUGUCUUUCUUUUCAACACCAUUAUCAGAAGUUACGCUGUAACUAGUGAUUUAAAGCAUAAUGCUUUGUGUUUGUAUGGUAAAAUGUUAAGUUAUGGUAUUUGGCCUAAUAAAUUUACGUACCCUUUUGUUCUUAAGGCUUGUGCUGGUAUUGGUGAGUUGAAAUUAGGCCAGAUUGUUCAUGGGUCGGUGGUGAAACUUGGGUUUCAUGAUGAUUCUCAUGUUUUGAAUACUAUGGUUCACAUGUACUGUAGUUGUGGUGGUGGGGUUGAGUACGGGCGGAAGGUGUUUGAUGAAAUGCCUAACUGGAAUUCAGUAGGGUGGAGUGCUAUGAUAGGUGGUUAUGUGCGAUGGGGUUUGUCUAGUGAGGCUGUAGAGUUGUUUAGAGAAAUGCAGGUUGCUAGGGUAGCACCCGAUGAAGUUACGAUGGUUUGUUUGUUGUCUGCGUGUACGGACUUGGGUGCCCUCGAGCUAGGGAAGUGGCUCGAAGCAUAUAUCGAGAGGGAGAACGUUCCGAAGAGUGCUGUUCUUUGGAAUGCUCUAAUUGACAUGUUUGCGAAAUGUGGUGAUGUUGAUAAAGCUUUGAGUUUGUUCAGGAGCAUGAGUCAAAGGAAUAUUGUUUCUUGGACUUCUGUAAUAGAUGGUAUGGCGAUGCAUGGCCGGGGAGCUGAGGCUGUUUCAUUAUUUGAGGAGAUGAAGAAAGAUGGGGUUGUACCUGAUGAUGUUUCCUUUAUUGGGUUACUUACUGCCUGUAGCCAUUCGGGUUUAGUUGAGCAAGGUAAGGGAUACUUUUAUUCGAUGACAAAGGAAUUCGGGAUUUCACCAAAGAUAGAACACUAUGGAUGCAUGGUUGAUCUGUUAUGCAGAGCUGGACUUGUUCAAGAAGCAUUGGAUUUUGUUCAGAGAAUGCCCAUUAAACCAAACCCAGUAAUUUGGAGAACACUUAUUACUGCUUGUCGUGCUCAUGGUGAGCUGAAGCUUGGUGAAAAAAUAACAAAAGAGUUGAUAAAACAUGAGCCUACGCAUGACUCUAAUUACGUACUGCUUUCUAACAUUUAUGCAAAAAUGUUUUCUUGGGAGAAGACGACCAUGAUUAGGGAAGUUAUGGUGAAGAAGGGAAUGAGAAAGGUUCCAGGGAGCACUAUGAUUGAGCUGUACAAUGAAAUCUAUGAAUUUGUGGCAGGAGAUAAAAGUCAUAGUGACUACAAGAUUAUUUUUCAGAUGGUGGAUGAUAUUGGGAAGGAGAUUAGCAGAGCUGGAUAUAUUGCUUCAACAUCAGAAGUGCUACUUGAUAUUGAUGAAGAAGAUAAAGAGGGUGCUUUAAAUAGGCAUAGCGAAAAGCUUGCUAUUGCAUUUGCUCUUAUGAAGACGCCUCCUGGGACUCCUAUCCGGAUUGUGAAGAACUUACGAGUCUGUGAAGAUUGCCACUCUGCAACUAAAUUCAUUUCAAAGACUUACAAGCGAGAAAUAUUGGUCAGGGACAGGAACCGAUUUCACCGCUUCAUAGAUGGGGUUUGCUCAUGUAAAGACUUCUGGUAGCUUAAUGUGCUUGAAGCUGUAAUCAAUCAAUCAUGGCAAGCCAGGAGGUCCUUUGCUUAUGAGCAUUGAUAGCUGAGCGGAUUAUCCAAUAUGCAUAAUCUUCUUGUAUAAAUGAUGGAACUAAAAGUAUGAUGCUACAAAAAAAAGACCUUUUGGGACGUCCAAAAUCCAGAAAACCUGUGGGACAUCAUCUUGGCUGUGUUUCACCUCAGAGUUUCGUUGUAUCUUUGUCUAUCUGUGGAGGCAUUGCUUGGGUGACAUGUAGGAUGUUGCUAAUCAGGGCAUGGUUGGCUUCCUUAAACGUCGUCAUGAAGGCAGGUACACACAAUUGGUUCUCUUUGACUUGUGGCGUGACAGCAAACCUGAGCACAGGUGACGGUUGCAUAAGCAUUGUACAAUUGACAAACAAAAUAGUGCUCAUAACAGUAGUUGAAGUACACAUAGUAAAUUUAUCUUAAUUCAUUAAGUUGCUUUGAGAAAGGGAGCCUUGGCGCAACAAUAGAGUUGGUGUCGUGUGACCAGGAUGUACUUGUUCAAGUCGUGGAAACAACUUCUUACAAAAAUAUAAGGUAAGGCUGCAUGUAAUAGACUGAAUAUGGUUCGGCCCUCCCAGGACCCCAUGCAACGCAGUAGCUUUGUGCAUUGGGCUGCCCCUCAAAUAAAUGCUUUGUGCGGUUAAAUGUUGUAUUUGAAAAUGCUUUUGCGUAAAUUGUAACGGAGGAAAAUUCAGGAACUUGAUCCUCAUUUUACUGUAAACCCAUUUUUCUUAGAUUGAGAAUAUGAUAUGAUC